GCUCCGUUCCCUCCGACCCGUCCCGUCCCGUCCCGUCCCAUCGAGGCGGGGAGCCCACCAGCCAUGCCGCCACCGUGCCCCCGCGGAGCCCUGCCCGGGGCCUUCCUCCUCUUCUUCCUCCUCUUCGUCGUGCCGUUGCUCUGCGCAGCUCCCGAUAUUUCAAGAGGAAAUAAACUUAAGCGGAUGCUUCAGAAACGAGAAGCCCCCAUUGCCAUGAAGCCAGAGGUGUCGCUGAAGGAAGAGGCGGCCAAGGGGUUUCUGCGCAGCCUGAGGCGCCCGCGGCGGCAGCUGUGGGACCGCAGCCAGCCUGACGUGCAGCAGUGGUACCAGCAGUUCCUCUACCUUGGCUUCGAUGAGGCGAAAUUUGAAGACGAUAUGUCCUACUGGACGAGCCUGGGGCGUGGUGGCAACGAGUACUAUGGGGGGUACUACCAGCACCACUAUGAUGAGGACUCACCCAUCGGCCCCCGGAACCCACACACCUUCAGGCAUGGGGCAGGAGUCAACUAUGAUGAUUACUGAUGGUUUUCGUCCUCCUACAGCUGGGGUGCAUGGGGCUGGGCAAAGCCAAGCUCUCCCCCAGUCAAUGUCUCUGUUUCCCUCCUGUUCAUGUACAACAGCAGGAGCCAAGGAGCUGCCAAGAAAGAAACAUGACUUUUCUUUUGGUAUUGUUACUUAGUAGUAUGCGAUAUAUGAAGUGUUACAGAAAUAAAGCUUUUUUGAUAAAGCUUCCAA